GCAUUUGCCUUCCCGCGUGUUGAAAUACACAAAGAAAACAAAAAUAAAGUUCAGCGAUAACACCAGGGAAGCAACCGAAAAGACUUCACCGUAGGCCGACCGAUAUCUUUGGAGAAGGAGCUAACGUGUCCAGUUCGUGCUCUAUUCAUUUGUAAGGAAAUGAGUGUCACAUUGUGCAAACUGUAAGAACAGUGUUAUUGGUCUUUAGGACUUAAUUUACACGCAGAGCUGUUGUACACUUUGUGCGAGGAAGGUGACCGAUGAGCAAGAUUUGAAAAUGAACUUGCUGCCGAAGAGCUCAAAAGAGUUCAGUUCUGCUGAAUACUGGGAGACCUUCUUUAAGAAACAGGGUGCUAAUGCCUUUGAGUGGUAUGGGACCUAUGUGGAUCACUGUGCUGUUCUGCACAAGUAUAUCAAGCCUAAAGAUAAGGUGCUUGUUGUUGGCUGCGGUAAUUCUGAACUAAGUGAGCAGAUGUAUGAUGUAGGUUACCAGGGGAUCACAAACAUUGACAUAAGUGAAGUGGUCAUAGCCCAGAUGAAGGAACGCAAUGCCACCCGCCGACCGGUGAUGGUCUUUGUGAAGAUGGACAUGUUGCAGAUGGAGUUUGGUGACUCGCAGUUUCAAGUUGUACUCGACAAGGGGACCUUGGACGCCCUCAUGACGGAUGAGAGCAAAGAGACUCUGCGCAAUGUUGACAGGAUGUUUGCAGAGAUUGGGCGUGUCUUGCAGGUCGGUGGGCGCUUUGUGUGCAUCUCACUGGCCCAGGAGCACAUCGCAAAGAAAGCUGUUGGCCACUUUGCGCAGCGGGGCUGGCUGGUGAGAGUACACGCCGUGGAGGAACAGGGCACGGCCAGCAGACAGUUCACAUUGCCCGUGUUCGUCUUCAUCUUCACCAAGUUCAAGGAGAUUCCUGGAGCUGGCCACCAGAUCCUGGAGAUGUGUGCGGAGGAGCUGGACAAGCCGCUGCGAAUGGACAGUGUGGAUGGACUGUUGGAAGCGAUGAAGGGAAGGCAGCAGUAUGCACUACUCCGAAACCACUUGGCCAAGCGCUCCAGCAGCAGAGAGAGCGUGGCCCUCACUCUUUGUGACAGCGUAUCUGGGAAACCUCGCUACUCCUUUCAUGUUGUCGAUCUGCCCUCUGUGAAAUCUCCUCGCACCAACCACUUUGCAAUUUUCAUAGUUCCACAGGGCAGGGAGACCGAAUGGAUGUUUGGAACUGACGAGGGCCGGAGGCAGUUGGGCAAAAGUGCGGAAUUCAGGCGUUUGCUGGUUGUGGUGUUGCACCGUGACCAAGUCUACGAGAGUAUGGAAGCCAUUCAGUCAGAGCUGUCAGGGAAGGUGAUGGAUUUAGCUCCUUCUGGACUUCCUCCAAAUCAACAGGUUCCAUUUCUUUCGGUUGGGGGUGACAUUGGGGUUCGCACUGUCCAGUAUCGUGGUACAAGUGAUAUGAGUGGGGAAUAUGUCAUUGAAGACAUCAAGGGAGAAGAUGGCAACUACUUCCGGCAUCUCAUCUUCCUCAGUAAUGUCAAUGUGGUGCAGUCGGAGGCUAAACUAUUGCACGGCAUCUCAAAGCCAGCUUCGUCGCAGAAAAAGAAAAAGAAAGACAGGAGGAGGGGACAGCCGUGUUCAGAUGCUGAGAGGUCUUCAAAUCCCAAAGCUGGCCAGGCUGUUGACAAGAGCUAUCUGUGCUGCAAUCAUCAUCGAGCCAUGAUUGCUGGCUUGGUUCUUCUCAGUAAAAAAAGUGGUUUACUUGCAGACACUCCCUUUUCUCUGCUCCUGGUUGGCCUUGGUGGUGGCAGCCUUCCAUCAUUUAUCCAUGACUAUUUCUCCCAAUCGGCUGUCGACACUGUUGAAAUUGACCCCAUGAUGUUGGAGGUGGCAACCACGUGGUUUGAGUUUUCUCAAGAUGAUCGAAUGAAGGUGAUUCUGGCAGAUGGCCUGAACUAUAUUCAUACUGCAGACAGCGGGAAGGUCUCCUAUGACGUUAUUAUGUUUGAUGUCGAUAGCAAAGACAACACUCUGGGAAUGAGCUGUCCUCCUCUAGGAUUUGUAGAGGAUGCAUUUCUACAGAAAGUACGAAACCUUCUAGCACACCAAGGCCUCUUCAUUCUGAAUCUGGUGUGCAGGGACCAUAGUCUGAAAGAGAAGGUUAUGGCAGCAAUCAAAGGAGUAUUUCCCCUUGUUUACCUCCAGAAAAUUGAGGGUGAGGUAAAUGAAAUUUUGUACUGCCAGUUGACCAUGGAACAUAAAGUUGGAUCAAAAGACCUUCUUGAGGCAGGUCAGAUGCUGGAAAAUACUCUGAAGAAACCUGGCAGACAUUGGGAUCCAACAUAUAGUCUUGAGGAAAUGUUGAAGACAGUUAGAAUUGUGUGAAGAUUCCUGAACGAGUGUGUAUGAUAUUUCGGUUUACGACUUGCAGUGACACUUGUUGCCAUUCAAUAAGAAUACGGAUGUAUCUCUUAAAUGUUCAUUAAGUUCUGGUCCAAACAAAAU